UCUCCUCAUCAAAGCAGCUCAUCUCAUUCAAUGGCAGCUGCUCUCUUCCUCCUCUGCCUCCAACUUCUCUUCUACUCUUCCUCAUAAGUCAUAAGUCUUAAACCCUAGCACCACCUCUGUCUCUCUCUCUCUGUUUCUUCUCUUCCCAAAAUGCCCUUCUCCCAACUCCAGCUCAAACUCAAACUCCUGCUCUUGUUGUUGUGAGUUGUGUAUAAUCAAAAGCCAUGAAACAAGGGAUGUCUCUGGACAAGCUCACUCCUAUGUCUGGUCUCCUCUUCUUGGUCUUAUGUCUCCAUAUAUGUUGUUGUUGUGCUUUGGAUUCUCGUAAAGAUCCUGUCUUGAGUAUUAGGCAAAGAGAUGGCAUGUUACCUAUGAUCUCCCCUACCGAGGCUCCCAAGCCAUUUCUUCCCCUUCUUGCUCCUUCGCCAUUGGCACCCUUCACAAACAUUACUGUUCCGAAAAUAUCAGGACAAUGUAUGCUGAAUUUCAGUGCUUCUGAGAGUUUGAUGAGUACGACCGCGAUUGAUUGUUGGUCGGUUUUUGCACCAUUGCUGGCAAAUGUAAUUUGUUGCCCGCAGUUGGAGGCUACUAUCACAAUCCUCAUCGGUCAGUCCAGUAAGUACACCAAUGUGCUUGCUUUAAACGGGACAGCUGCCAAAUUUUGUCUAUCAGAUAUUAAGCAGAUUUUGGUUAGCCAGGGUGCAAAUGACACCCUUGCGCAGAUAUGCUCUGUUCGUUCAACAGAUCUCACGGAUGCAUCUUGCCCGAUUGUUGAUGUUACUGAAUUUGAGGAGACAGUGGAUACUUCUAAGUUGGUUGCCGCUUGUCAGAAGAUAGACCCUGUGAAAGAAUGCUGUGCUCAAACAUGUCAGAAUGCCAUAUUAGAAGCUUCUACAAGAAUUGCUUCUAAAAGUUCUGAUGUUUUGAGCACAGACGGUGGUCAUGGUGUAUUACCUGAUCACAUAAGUAGAGUCAAUGACUGCAAAAACAUUGUCCAUCGCUGGUUGGCAAGUAAAUUCAGCCCUUCUCAUGCCAAGGACGUUCUAAGGGGGCUCUCAAAUUGCAAAAUUAACAAGGUUUGUCCCCUCGUCUUCCCCAAUAUGAAGCAUGUUGCACUUGGCUGUGGGGAUGAUAUAAGGAACCAGACAGCUUGCUGUACGGCCAUGGACAGCUAUGUCUCCCACUUGCAAAAGCAGAGUUUCAUAACCAACUUGCAAGCUUUGGACUGUGCUGCAUCUCUCGGAAUGAAGUUAAGAAAAUCAAACAUCACCAAAGAUGUGUAUAGCCUUUGUCAUAUAAGCCUCAAGGAUUUCUCCCUUCAAGUUGGAAGUCAAGCAUCCGGAUGUCUUUUGCCAAGCUUGCCUUCGGAUGCAAUAUUUGAAAGUUCUGGCGUCAGCUUCCUUUGUGAUUUGAAUGAUAACAUUCCAGCUCCCUGGCCCACCUCUUCUCAAGGAGCAGCUUCAACAUGUAGUAAAGGUGUCAAGAUUCCUGCACUUCCUGCAGCAGCAUCUGCAGAAAGGGGCUAUUACAACAAUGUCUGGAUACUUCCUCUGCUCACUGCUUUUGCCAUGGUCUUUUUGAUGUUCUUGUAAAUGAGUUAUCCUUGUGGAAAACUAGUCAUUCCUUGAAGGAUGAUUCAUCAAUGGCUUCCUAGGAUGAUGCUAGUCAACCCCAAUCUAGUCGAUAGAAGAUUGUCGUGA